GAUGUGCUCACAACGGAGGCUCUGAUUGGUCAGCAGUGGGAAACCAGGUAGUGGCAACACGAAGCAACGCGCGUGCAGUGUACUUCCCUGCAUUCAUCGCAUUACAGUGACCAUCAUGGAGCCACCUUUGUGUCCUCGUGAGUCUGGGCAGUUCAUUGCAGAGCGCAGUAAGGAUGUGUUUGUGGAGGAAGAAGGAGUGCAGAAGGUGGCGGAAAUGCUCUACAACCUCCGACACAGUGAUGAUCUGACAGCAAGUGGCUGGAAGAAGGCAAAUCCAUUGGCUCCAGAGCCCACCUCUGACCAGGCCUUGAACUGGGUGUUCGUGGUCGACACCAUGAACUUCUCCUUUUGGCCCGAGAAAGAAACUCAACAGUGUGAGGUGACCUAUAAAGGGACCACGUACACAGGCUACAUGACCCUGUGUGCUGCCAUCACCAGGGCCAUGGAGGAAGGAAUACCUAUCACUGAUCCCAAGUACUUCUCUCAGAUGAGUGUGGAGGAGUUGGGACACGUCCUUCGAUCAGACAAUGAAACACCCAUGCCCAUGCUGAAGGAGCGGCACCAGGCGCUGACUGAAGGUGGCCGCGUGCUGCAGGAACACGGCGGAAGCUUCCGGAGUUUUAUCAGCCAAGCCGGGAGCGAUGCCCGGAAGAUGGUGGAACGUAUCGUGGAGAAGAUCCCUUCCUACAGGGACGAAGCUACAUAUGAGGGUAAGAGAGUCUCCUUCUACAAGCGAGCCCAGAUCCUGGUGGCAGAUUUCUGGGGCGUCAUGGAGGCCAGAGGAGAGGGAGACAUCAUUGGCAUGGACUGGCUCACCAUGUUUGCGGACUACAGGGUCCCUCAGGGUCUCGUGUACCUCGGAGCGCUACGAUACUCUGAAGCACUAAUGCAGGCGCUGAGAAAUGGCGAGCUGCUGAGUUCAGGGGACAGGAGGGAGGUCGAGAUCCGAGGUUGUUCGAUUUGGUCUGUGGAGCUGAUCAAAGACCGUCUGUGCAAGCUGGUGCAGGAGAGAGACGGACAGACCUGCAAUGUCAACUCAGCGAUCAUCGACUUCUACCUUUGGCCUUACGCCAAGCAGCACCAUAAAGAGAUGGCCCACAUUCCUAUACACCACACACGCUGUAUUUACUACUAAUGGGUUGCCUGGCAGCAGCACAUACAGUAGGCUGCACGUCUCAGUGUGCAGCUUUGGCAUCAGUGCCUCUCCCUGGGAAAAAGCCAAUCACGUCUCUGUGCCAGAUAUAUGUACAAAUGAGUUUCUCUCUGGCUGUAAUGGAAAGAGGUGUCAAGUUUUAAUGUAGCUUGUUGGUCUAUGUGGAAAGACGCAUGGUUGUCCAUUUGCAGUCAAUUAAAAUGUUUACUCCUGUUGAUAUGGAGCAUUUUCUAAUAAAGCUCUCACUGCAA